AUGUCCCUUUCACUUGGCGCUAAAUUUUCAAGCCCUUCUGAACCUGACAACUGUGUUGACGACGCACGAGACGAGUUACAUAUUAAUAUAUUUUUUGUAAUAAUAUUUUCUAUACACGCCGGAAUGAUCACGAAUUGUUUUUCCAAGUCUACUUCGAACGCUGUGGAAACAGGGCCAAUUUCUCUUGAUAAACACGGAAACGUAGUUAUCAAAGUGCUUGCCAAACCGGGUGCCAAACACAACAAUGUUACAGACAUUUCAGAGGAAGGUGUCGGCGUCGCAAUAUCCGCACCGCCAGUGGAAGGUGAAGCAAAUACAGAAUUGGUUAAAUAUUUGGCAGCUGUAUUGGGUACGAGAAAAUCAGAUGUGUCUUUGGACAGGGGUAGUCGAAGUCGCCACAAGGUUGUAAUAGUGAGUAACAGUAACGUUGAGGCUGUUCUGCAGAAACUCAAACGCGAAAGUGGCUCAGACUCGUGA